AUGUCUUCCUCAGCCCUGCCACUCAAGGUGACCCCUGCCUCAACUCCAGCCAGGUCUGGGACGACCCCUGACCCCAUGGGAUCUAGAACUCCAACCUCCCAAUUACCAGUACCCAGUCCCUCAGAGAUCUCAAGUCCCCAUGAACUGACAGCUUUCGUUGAAACGUUACUUGAGCAACUAGACUCGAAAUUCGACGACAUGUCUUCUCAGAUACUCGACCGCAUGAUGCAAAUGUCUAAUAGAGUGGAUGCUCUUGAAGCUGCCAUCCAGGACAUUAUAUCCGGGGACGUCACGACCCCUAAUGCAUCCCAAUCACCUACGCCGUUCACUGGAAAUCCUUCGGUCGCUCGGAGAAGUGGCAUCAACUCCCAAUCAUGA